AAGAGGUUUGCCUGAGUUGUUUUCCAGAACUUGAAAUCAGCUGAGCCCAAUUUGAGCUCUAACUAGUUAAGACCCCUGACCCUUCAACUGGGCAUGCUCCGUGACCUUUCGCCUUCAGAGGGCUGAACACUCCAUCCGCAGAGCAUGUUCUGAGUAUACCUAUUGUGAAGAAGCCCGUAGCUUAGUUCUGUCUAGGCCAGAAUGAAGGUCAGCUCACAUUUUAUUGUCUCCAAUUAGCUUCAGUUUUAUCCCAAAGAAUACCCCCAGCCCCUCGCCUUUGAGGAAGUGAAUUUGAGACUUCAUCUUCUCGCUCGGCUACCUUCCCCAACUCCGUCCAGGACGCAGCACCUCCGCUACAGCAGCCUUGCCUGCAGAUUAACUGUAGAUUAAAUUCAACCACGAAACAAACCAUGCAGGGAUUAAAGAAGAAUUCUUUAAGUGCCUGGCUCAUGCAUCCAAAAAAUAAAGUUAUGGAUGCCUCUUUAGGCUCCUCUGGCAACGCUGACAAGAGAGAUAACUCAGUUGAACUGACAUCAGGAGCCUAUGAUGAUGCCAUCUAUGAAAGCAUUUCCCCGAGUAAAUUGACAACAGCAUCCUCUGAAGUCCUCUCCAAUGCAAACACUGCCCUGACUGAAUUGACAGCAGCGUCAUCUGCAAGAUUCCAAAUGGCAAACACUACCUUGACUGAAUUGGCAGCAGGAAAACCUACCGCUGAUGGACCUACCACUGAAAUCUGUGACCAGAGCAAGGUGAAAAAAGUAACUUAUGCUGAAUCCUGCAAUGAAAGCUCUGACUUGUGUAACAUGAGAAGCAUCGAUGAAAGUAUAAUAGAACAGCUGUCCAAGAUUAGUGAUGUUGAUGAAGACAUUGACUUUCUCAACCCACAAUACAGCAAGAUAAAGAGAAUUGUGUACUUAAUUAUAUCAUCCUUCACUUUCAGAAUAUUUGCAAUCCUGCUGAUCUUUCUGGACAUGGCCUUCAUCAUCAAAGACGUAAUUUUCCUUAGUGGCACGACACAUAUUUCUUUGGAAUCUCGUUCAAUUUCUUUUGCUAUUGCUUUAUUUUUUUUCAUGGAUGUUUCUCUUCGAGUGUUUAUAGAAGGGAUACGACCAUAUUUUUCUGAUAUAUUUAACUCCUUAGAUGCUGCCAUUAUUAUUGUGACUUUACUGGUUGAUAUCGCUUAUCUUUUUUAUGACUCUAUACUUGCUAAAAUUUUCCCCAGGUUGAGAAUUGUUUUACGACCUGUAAGACUUGUCAUUCUGAUAAGAGUUUUUCAUCUGGCUCAUCAAAAAAGACAUCUUGAAAUGCUGACCAGAAGGAUGGUUUCAGGAAACAAACGGCGGUACAAGAAGGAUGGAUUUGACUUAGACCUCACUUAUGUUACUGAGCGUAUUAUUGCCAUGUCAUUCCCAUCUUCUGGAAAGCAGUCUUUCUACAGGAAUCCCAUUAAGGAAGUUGUGCGGUUCCUGGAUACCAAGCACCCAAACCACUAUCAAGUCUACAAUCUCUGCAGUGAAAGAGCUUAUGAUCCUAAGUACUUCCAUCACAGGGUCCAUCGAUACUUGAUUGAUGAUCACAACGUCCCCUCUCUGAGUGAGAUGCUGGCGUUCUCCAUGGAAGUGAAAGAGUGGAUGGCUCAAGACAAGGACAAUAUCAUAGUGGUUCACUGUAAGGGAGGCAAAGGAAGAACUGGAACUAUGGUCUGUGCCUACCUUCUUGCCAGUGAGAUAUUUGCCACUGCGGAGGACAGCCUGUAUUAUUUUGGAGAACGGCGAACAGAUAAAUCCACUAGCAGUAAAUUUCAGGGAAUAGAGACUCCUUCUCAGAAUAGAUUCGUUGGAUAUUUUGCAAUGGUGAAAAAUAUCUACAAUUUGACCCUUCCUCCAAUAAAAAAACUCACGAUCAAAAAAAUCGUGAUUUAUUCAAUUCAUGGUGUUGGAAAAGGCAAUGGACAUGAUCUAAAAGUACAAAUAAUAAUGCAACGAAAGACUGUCUUUUUCUGUUCUGCUUCCAAAAACUGUAGGAUAUUUCAUGAUGCUGAAACAGACAGAGUAAUACUCUUGCUCUCUAAGUGCCCACCUCUGUAUGAUGAGGUCAAAGUGAAAUUUUUCUCUUCUUCGGCUCUUCCUAAAUACUACGAAAACUGUGCAUUCUUCUUCUGGUUCCAUAUGUCUUUUAUACGAAAUAACAGGCUUUAUCUUUCAAGAAGUGAAUUGGAUAAUCCCCAUAAAAUAAAAGCAUGGAAAGCUUACAGUCCACAGUUUGCAGUCGAGGUAUAUUUUGAUGACAUUUAAGUUGUUCCUGGUAUCUGAUUAAGUAUAGUUCCCUUUCUAGGCUAGAAUCAUGUUCUUCCCAAUUCUUGCUACAUAUAUCUUUUAAACCUAUGUCCUUGCUGAUAUGCUUAUAUUUACAUACAUGUACAUAUGUUCUUGAGAAAUCUAUUAAAUAUAUACAAGGGAGAAUGUCAA